AUGGCUGGUCUCCUCAUCUACGGCGCGACCUAUCUGGUCGUCAAAGCCGUCGACACGGUCAAAACCCGUCGGUCACCCGUCGUACCGACCCCACCGCUCUCGGACCCCGCGACGUAUCAUUACGGUGGCGAUUCCAACUUGGGCACCAGUCUACUCGUGACAGAAGUCGAGUCGGUCCCUCGUCAAAGGGGUACGAAACGAGAAAUGAAGCAGAGACCUUUUACUGAACGUCAACUCAAAGGUGCGUCGUGGUAACUGCUUUCGGGGGUGCUCGAUAGGGAAGCGGGGCUGACCUGCCGGAGGGUCAUUUACGAUCGGCAUGCAGAGCUGUAUCGAUCCUGGAAGUACCGAGACGAUAUGCUUUUGUCCAAGCAGAACGGGUUGGAGUAUGCGAUUGCACAUGGUUGGGAUGUAUGUUGGGCCGGAAGGUGAGUCCAAAUCCUCGACCGAACCGAAUGUGUGGGGAAUAUGCCCUGAUCGCGGGACGACCACCCCCAUCUCCUUCUUCUUCAGGACAAGCGAAUUCUCGACCGUCCGCCGCGCCCGUUCGGAAUCCAGAUUCGUCGUCGACCAACUAGCCCUAGCCAUCGCCUGGUGUCGCUCUCAACAAGUCCCGAAAACCUCUCUCGUAUCGACCCUCGAACCCCGAUCGAAGAUACGUCGACAAACCCGAUCAGCCCAUUCCAGCUGUCCCCCGAGUUUGUUGGAACUUCCUUGGCCUAUCCCUGAACCGCCUGGGGAGAGGGAGUAUGGAUCGGUGAUUGAAAGGGCUCCAAGGUUCACGAGGGAGGGUCCGGAGGCGUUGCCACUCUAUUCACCGGCUGUCGAUCAGGAGAGGGGGGAACGGAGGUUGGAGUUCACGCCCAUUGCUGAAGGUGAGAGGUGGAGAGCUUGA